AUUUGCUCAGGACGGAGACUGGCUGUCGCGUCGUGCAGUCUGGGGAGCAGUCACUUGCUGCAUUGUUGUGGUUAUUUCAAGAGGGAGACUACUUUGGUGUUCUUAACGCCCUCCGUGUGUCCUCGGCCAGCCAGCGCGGGGAGCUUCAGGAUGUAGGCAAACAGCAGGAGAACCUCCUGGAAGCUAUUUGUUGCCUGCAAAUCUUUCUGCAGGCCAACGUAACUUAAGGCUACUUUAUCACUAUCCCAUGUGUUGUGAAUUAUGCUGAGUGUGCCCCUCUUGAUUUAAAGGGGGAACUGAGAGGGAAAAAGGGGACCAUACUCACUCAACCAGGGAUAGUGUGUGAAGAAAUAGCGUUAAGUAACAGGUCCCGAACUGGGUCAGGAGGAGCUUGAUUAUUACGAACGGGAAGAAUGGACGACAGCACGACCUGCGCUCCCCGAUGUUGAUGGAGAAAGCAUCUACGAUGGUAUCAAAGUACCAAAACUGUUGCAAAGAAGCUACGACAUUCUCUCAAAACUGUGCUUGAUGCAGUCGGGUUCGAGUACGGGUAGUACGACUUCUUUGCUGAAGAGUGCGCGCGUCUGGCUAGCGCGCGUAGCUUUCGCGUGGCAGCGAGCGUUGGCUGAGGCAAGCGAUCGGGGAAGCGGACACAGCAUCACACUUCAAAGAAUCGCAAUCUGGGAU